UCCAGCUUGUUAAUUAGUUCAUUCACUUAUCUUUUUCAACCGUCUUCAUUGCUGACAAUCCAAUUCCAUCACCAUCUCCUCUCCCUUUCUCUUCUAUAUAAAACACAUCAAACUUUACUUCUCAGUCUUGUUUUUAAUCAGCUCAUAUAUAUUAAUUUUACCAUGGACAGUACAGAAGUCCGCAGAGUUUUUCAAAUGUUUGAUAGGAAUGGAGAUGGGAAAAUAUCGAAGAAGGAGCUGAGAAAAUGGUUAGAAAACUUGAGGAUAUUUAUUCCGGAUGGAGAAUUGAUACAAAUGAUGGAUAAAAUAGACGUGAAUGGAGAUGGGUUCGUGGACAUUGAUGAGUUCGGAGAAUUGUAUCAAACGAUAAUGAAUGAGAAAGAGGAGGAGGAAGACGUGAAGGAAGCAUUCAAUGUGUUUGAUCAGAAUGGAGAUGGGUUUAUAACAAUGAAUGAACUGAGAUCGGUUCUGGCUUCAUUGGGGCUCCAACAAGGAAGAACCCUAGAAGAUUGUAAGAGAAUGAUAGAAAAAGUGGAUGUUGAUGGAGAUGGAAUGGUGGAUUUUGCUGAGUUUAAACAGAUGAUGAAAGGUGGCGGAUUUGCUGCAUUAUGAUUAUAUAUUUAAUUUAUUUUC